AUGGAUCUCCGCUUGCUGCUAAACCCGUGCGACGGGCACGUGGACCUCGAUCGUAGAAGCAGCGACCUCCACCAACCCGAGCCACGGCAAGCAUCGACCGUCAACUUCGUCGCCGACCAGACGUACAAGCGACUGGACAACGCGCACUGGCACCCGUACUUUCGUCACUUGCAGCUCAGAAAUGCAGACCCGACUUGCCAUGUCCUCUUCAAGCACCACACCGACGCUCGUACCGCGUUCCUUGACGUGGGUUUUGACGCCAACAGCAUCUUCAACCAGAUCUGUCCAUUGCGCAAAGGCCGGUGGCGCCACGAAGAGGAAGCCUACGCCAUUGAGCUCGUCAAGAUGGUCCACGCCAACCGACUCCCGCUCAAGUUUCGCCAGUCGCUCCGGACAUUCCUCGCCCAGAAACUCCACAGCGACGAGAUGCGCGUGCUCAAGAAGGUCGGCAACUCGGAUGCAUUUGCGUUUGCGCGGCAGCGCGGCCACGUGGAUCAAGACGCUGUCGUGACGGGAACAGCGUACGAGAACGAGCGAUCGAUCGAGCCGCUCGAGACGUUGCGCCGGGCGUUUUUGAAGUCGGUGCAGAUUGAAGUCGUGGUUGCGAUGCGCGAGUACGAUAAACAAGGGCUGCUGGAUUCUCCAACCCUGGGAGACUUUUAA